AUGACCACCCUUCUCCUCCCCCUCCUCUCCCUCGUGAACUUCGCAGCGAGCACACCCGUCCUCACUGAGAGGUACUACCCUCAGGGCACCAUCACCUCCCCCGCGAACGGCACCGCGAUCGCACCUGGAGCCCCGUUCGACUUCAAGUACAACGCUCGUGGUGACUACUGCUUGUCGAGUUACAACUUUACUGUCUGGCUCGCCACCGAGCCCCCGACUGGCGGCAUCGGGCCAGACACGAGCUUCAUGACCGGCCACUACUUCGGUCGCUUCUCGCAGGAGAGUUACCCAACUAACCCGUGGCCCGUUAACCCGCCUCCGGCACAACUCGUCAUGCCCAACUUCUCCAUCAGCCCAGGAGGAUUCGGCACUGGCAAGACCGCCAGCGACGUCCCCAUGUACCUUGCCGUCGUCGAGGAAUAUCUCGAAUGUGGAGCCACACUCGGGGUCAGCAUGGGCGUCACAUGGAACAACGUCGUUUACAACGCGACCAUUUCGUCCUGA